UGCCGGUGUGAUGAAGACAGGUGUGGGUAAUACAAGAAAGAAGUUUAGUUUACAGAUGGUUGCAUAUCUAACUGGUCUUUUGUUGCUUCAUGAUAAAGAUUGGGAGGGUGAAGAAUCAGAUGAAGAUGAUGAUAGUGAUGAUAAUCUAGAUGUUUCAGAUGAUGAUGAUACCUACUAUGGAAGAAAACCUACGAGUCGGCAACGUGGCAAAGUGGGACGAACUGUAAAACCUACUAGAGAACGCAAAUCAUUUGGUGCGUCUGGUCGGCAAAGAAAGCCUAAGACAUCUUUUGAAGAGUAUGCGUCAACAGCAGAGGAUUCUGAAAGUGAAAGUGAUGAUGAUUUCAAAAGCAUGAGAAAGAGAGGUGCAAAUGCUCGCAAGAAUAAUGUUCGUUCUUCUGCGGCUGCUAGUUUUUCUGGCCAGAGCAGUGAGGUUCGCACAUCUAGUAGGACAGUUAGGAAGAAGGUGUCAUAUGUUGAAAGUGAAGAAAGUGAAGAAGCAGAUGAAGGGAAGAAGAAGAAGUCCCAAAAAGAAGAGCUUGAAGAGGAAGAUGGUGACUCCAUUGAAAAGGUGCUUUGGCAUCAGCCAAAGGGCAUGGCUGAUGAGGCGCGGAGGAAUAAUAGAUCAACAGAACCUGUUUUAUGGAGUAAUUUGUUUGAUUCUGAACCUGAUUGGAAUGAGAUGGAAUUCUUAAUAAAAUGGAAAGGCCAGUCACAUUUGCACUGUCAAUGGAAGUCAUUUGCUGAGCUGCAAAAUCUCAGUGGUUUUAAGAAGGUUUUAAAUUAUAUGAAGAAAGUGACGGAGGACAUCCGGUACAGGAACACAAUCUCAAGAGAGGAGAUUGAGGUCAAUGAUGUGAGUAAGGAGAUGGAUUUAGAUAUUAUCAAGCAAAAUAGCCAGGUGGAAAGAAUCAUUGCGGAUAGAAUCAGCAAAGAUAAUUCUGGCAAUGUUAUUAUAGAAUAUUUGGUCAAGUGGCAAGGGCUGUCUUAUGCUGAAGUGACAUGGGAGAAAGACACAGAUAUUGCUUUUGCUCAGCAUGCUAUUGAUGAGUACAAGGCUCGUGAGGCUGCAAUGUCAGUUCAAGGAAAGAGUGUAGAUCUACAACGCAAGAAAAGUAAAGCAAGUUUGAGGAAGCUUGAUGAACAGCCUGAGUGGUUGAAGGGGGGAAAGCUUCGUGAUUAUCAACUUGAGGGCUUGAAUUUUCUUGUUAACAGUUGGAGAAAUGACACAAAUGUUAUUUUAGCUGAUGAAAUGGGUCUUGGUAAAACUGUUCAGUCAGUAUCGAUGCUUGGUUUUCUUCAGAAUGCCCAGCAAAUCCAUGGCCCCUUUCUUGUAGUUGUCCCUUUGUCUACUUUGUCAAACUGGGCCAAAGAGUUCAGGAAGUGGCUUCCUGAUAUGAAUAUUAUUGUAUAUGUUGGUAAUCGAGCAGGGCGAGAGGUUUGUCAACUGUAUGAAUUUCAUAAUGAUAAAAAGGUUGGCAGGCCUAUAAAAUUUAAUGCCCUCUUGACUACAUAUGAAGUAGUUCUGAAGGAUAAAGCUGUUCUCUCCAAGAUUAAAUGGAAUUAUUUGAUGGUUGAUGAGGCUCAUAGGCUGAAAAAUAGCGAGGCUCAGCUGUACACUACACUUUCAGAAUUUAGCACCAAGAACAAAUUGCUUAUCACUGGCACCCCCCUACAGAACAGUGUUGAAGAGCUGUGGGCCUUGCUUCAUUUCCUUGAUCCUGAUAAGUUCAAGAGCAAGGAUGAUUUUGUUCAAAACUAUAAGAAUCUGAGUUUGUUCAAUGAGAAUGAGCUUGCCAAUCUUCAUAUGGAAUUGAAGCCUCACAUACUCCGAAGAGUCAUAAAAGAUGUAGAGAAAUCGUUGCCCCCAAAAAUUGAGCGUAUACUCAGAGUUGAAAUGUCUCCUCUUCAAAAACAGUAUUACAAGUGGAUUUUGGAACGUAACUUUCAUGAUUUGAACAAAGGAGUUCGUGGGAAUCAGGUUUCUCUACUUAACAUUGUGGUUGAAUUAAAGAAGUGCUGCAACCAUCCCUUCUUGUUUGAAAGUGCUGACCAUGGUUACGGGGGGGACUCAGGAAGUAGUGAUAGCAGUAAACUCGAGAGAAUUGUCUUCAGCAGUGGGAAGCUUGUCAUACUUGAUAAGCUACUUGUUAGAUUGCAUGAGACUAAACAUCGUGUUCUGAUAUUCUCUCAGAUGGUUAGGAUGCUGGACAUACUGGCCGAGUACAUGUCCCUUAGAGGAUUUCAAUUCCAGAGGCUUGAUGGAAGUACAAAGGCUGAGUUGCGACAGCAGGCAAUGGAUCAUUUUAAUGCACCUGGUAGUGAUGAUUUUUGCUUCCUUCUUUCAACUAGAGCAGGAGGUCUAGGUAUCAAUCUUGCCACAGCAGACACUGUCAUAAUAUUUGAUUCAGACUGGAAUCCCCAGAAUGACCUCCAGGCCAUGAGCAGAGCACAUAGAAUUGGGCAACAAGAAGUUGUCAACAUAUAUAGAUUUUUGACCAGCAAAAGUGUCGAGGAAGAUAUUUUAGAACGGGCUAAGAAAAAGAUGGUCCUUGACCACUUGGUCAUUCAAAAAUUAAAUGCAGAGGGUAGACUGGAGAAGAAAGAAGCCAAGAAAGGAGGUCUUUUUGACAAAAAUGAGCUAUCAGCAAUUUUGAGAUUUGGGGCAGAGGAGCUUUUUAAGGAAGAAAGAAAUGAUGAAGAGAGUAAAAAGCGACUUUUAAGUAUGGAUAUAGAUGAGAUUCUUGAAAGAGCAGAGAAGGUUGAAGAGAAGGAAGCCGAGGGAGAGCAAGCGCAUGAAUUAUUGAGUGCCUUUAAGGUUGCUAAUUUCUGCAAUGAUGAAGAUGAUGGGAGUUUCUGGAGUCGUUGGAUAAAACCUGAUGCAGUAGCCCAAGCUGAAGAAGCUUUGGCUCCACGUGCUGCAAGGAGCAUUAAAAGUUACGCAGAGGCCAAUCAAUCUGAAAGAAGUAGUAAACGUAAAAAGAAAGAACCUGAGCCUCCUGAGCGAGCUCAGAAACGCCGGAAAGCUGAGUAUUCAGCUCCUGCAACGCCAAUGAUUGAGGGAGCAUCAGCCCAAGUGAGAUGUUGGUCCUAUGGGAGUGUAUCUAAAAGAGAUGCACUACGAUUUUCUCGUGCUGUUAUGAAAUUUGGGAAUGAGAGCCAAAUCCACUUAAUAGCUGCUGAGGUUGGUGGGGCAUUUGCGGCUGCUCCGCCUGAAGCUCAGAUUGAACUUUUCAAUUCUCUAAUUGAUGGCUGUAAAGAAGCAGCAGAACAAGGAAGUAUAGACCCAAAGGGGCCUCUUUUGGACUUUUUUGGUGUCCCAGUGAAGGCAAAUGAUCUGCUUAACCGUGUUCAAGAACUCCAACUCUUGGCAAAGCGCAUUAGUAGAUAUGAAGAUCCCAUUGCACAGUUUCGUGUUUUAACAUAUCUUAAACCUUCAAACUGGUCUAAAGGUUGUGGGUGGAAUCAAAUUGAUGAUGCAAGAUUGCUUCUUGGAAUUCAUUAUCAUGGAUUUGGUAAUUGGGAAAAGAUACGAUUAGAUGAAAGGCUUGGCCUCAUGAAGAAGAUUGCACCGGUUGAACUUCAUCACCAUGAAACUUUCUUGCCACGAGCUCCUAAUUUGAGAGAUCGUGCUAAUGCCCUUUUGGAACAAGAACUCGUUGUUCUUGGUGGUAAAAAUGCCAAUAGUAAAGGGGGCCGCAAGGCUUCCAAGAAGGAGAGGGAAAAUCUUAUGAGCAUUUCAGUGGCACGUGGGCCAGAGAAGAGAAAAUUAAGUUCUUCUAAAGUUAACGCCCAAAUGAGAAAGGAUAGGUCCCUGAGGUCCCAGAGGAUUGAACCAAUAGUAAAAGAAGAGGGUGAAAUGUCUGACAAUGAUGAGGUGUAUGAGCAGUUCAAGGAAGUAAAAUGGAUGGAAUGGUGUCAGGAUGUGAUGAUUGAUGAAAUGAAAACCUUGAAACGUCUGCACAGGUUGCAGACAACCAGUGCCAACCUCCCAAAGGAAAAGGUGCUUUCCAAAAUCCGCAAUUACUUGCAGCUUCUUGGGCUGAGAAUAGAUCAAAUUGUGUUAGAACAUGAACAGGAGCCUUAUAAGCAAGAUAGGAUGACAACGCGACUGUGGAACUAUGUCUCCACCUUCUCCCAUCUUUCAGGGGAGAGGCUGUAUCAGAUCUAUUCCAAACUUAAACAGGAGCAACAAGAGGAGGCUGGGGUUGGCCCUUCUCACAUCAAUGGGUCAGUAUCUGGUCCAUUUGGGAGAAAUCACCCUAAUUCAUUCCCUCGUCAUAUGGAGAGACAAAGAGGAUACAAAAAUGUGACUUCCUAUCAAAUGCCAGAACCAGUUCACAAUACAGGAAAAUCUGAGGCUUGGAAACGAAGGAGGAGAGGAGAAGGCGACAGUCAUUUUCAAGGUCAGCCACCAUCUCAGAGAGCUAUGGGUAAUGGAAUCCAAAUAUCUGACCCUAACUCACUGGGGAUUCUUGGGGCUGGACCCUCUGAUAGACGUUUUGUUAGUGAGAAACCAUAUAGGACACGACCUGGUGGGGUUCCUCCAAGACAGGGUUUCUCCUCAGGCAUAAAAUAGUCACUUAUCUGUGGAUGAGAAUGGCUGAUUCUAGAGUUUUGGCAGUCGGCUAUGGGCCGUGCCUCUGCAUGUACAUGGCUUCAGCUACUGUAUAUUCUCUGGAGUAUUUUUUUUGGCAACCCAUGGGAAUAAUGAGAUCUUGCAGAUCCUUUUUUGGCCCCCUCUGGCUGACUUGACGUAUCCCGAAACAUGGGAUUUGCAGCCUUGAACGAGUUAGUCGAAGCCGACGAUGAUCUGGGCUGUGCAAGAUGAAAGGAGUCUUGCCCCCUUUUUUCCUCAUUGUCAGCCUUUUGAUUUUCACCAUCCUCCCUGAAAGUUGAGCUCAGCAAAGUGUUUACGUAUAUAGCGAAAAAUCUUGAAAGGAUUUUUUUUUCUUUUUUAAUCUUGACAUUCGAUACAGACAUGUAUUAGGAAAGUGUAUAUUAUCAGUUUUGCAAUUUAAUUGAACUUGUUUGGCCUCUUCAGGAUAAAAUUAUGUCAGCUUAUGCAUACAGGAAUGUAUUUUAUCUCCAAGAUUUUGUGCAACUCUUCCCAAGUGAUUUCCACUAGUCAAUGAAAAAUGAAUUCUUGGAUUUUUUCCCC